CCGCUUAUGUAACUCAGAAAGCGUUGGCAUAUGUCAAGGCUCGAAUUUUUCGCAAAGUCCUUCCAAUCUCAGAUCCAGCUACUCGAUCACGCACACACUACAUAAAUACCUGUAACUCGAUUCAGAUCUGACAACAUGGCAACCCAGUCAACUAUCAAAGCCUUAGAGAUCCCAUCACUUCUAAGCGGGCAUCCAAAACCCCAUGUUGAUGAGGCAGCCUAUGAAACGAUGUACAAGCAAAGUAUCGAGAGUCCGGUUGAAUUUUGGGACAAGCAUGCUAAAGAAGUGAUUCAUUGGCAUCGUCCAUACACUCAAGUCAAACAAGGUGGAUUCGAUUGCGGUGAUAUGAGAUGGUUUGAAAAUGGUGGAUUGAAUGCAUCAUAUAAUUGCGUUGAUCGAUGGGCUAUCAAGCACCCAGAUAAAACCGCCAUCAUCUGGGAAGCAGACGAGCCGGCUGACAGUGCCGAGAUGUCGUACAGGGAGCUUCUGCAAGAAGUUUGCAGGCUCGCUAACGUAUUGGUGUCCAUGGGUGUCAGAAAAGGCGAUACAGUGGCCAUAUAUCUGCCUAUGAUACCACAGGCCGUGGUGGCUUUUCUGGCAUGUGCUCGGAUUGGUGCGAUUCAUUCCGUCAUCUUUGCUGGUUUCUCGGCAGAAUCGCUUCGAGAUCGCGUUCAAGACGCUCGAUCAAAAGUUGUCAUCACUACGGAUGAAGGCAAACGAGGCGGGAAAAAUAUUGCCACAAAAUCGAUCGUUGAUACCGCUCUUUCGGGCAUCACGGACCCUGAAAUCGCCCGCAAGGUGAUUGUUUAUAAGCGCACUGGAUCCAAUGUCAACUUUGUGGAAGGUCGAGAUGUGUGGUGGCAUGAAGUUUGCGCAUUGGCUAAGCCUUAUUGUCCCAUUGAAAUCAUGGACAGUGAAGAUCCUUUAUUGAACUGUCGCGACACCA